GACAUUAUAAAAAUUUUAAUUCGUAAUGGAGUAAACAUCAAUAAAAAUGGAAGAUUUAAUUUAUCAGCUUUAUCAUUAGCAGCUUUAAAUGGAGAUUUGGAAAUUGUUACGAUUUUAAUAAAAAACGGUGCAAAUAUAAAUGCACAAGAUAUAAAUGGAAAAUCGCCUUUAAUGGUUGCUGUCAACCGAAAUUACGAAAAAAUUGCAGAGUUCCUUAUUAACCAGGGCGCAGAUGUAAAUCUACGUGAUAAACAAGAUAAUCAUACGGCCUUGCAUCAUGCGGCUUUUACUGGAAAUGUUAAAAUAGCCAAUGUUUUAGUGAAAAACGGUGUAAAUGUAAAUGCUCAAGAUAUAAAUGGAUUAUCGCCUUUAAUGUUUGCUGUCGGCAAAAAUCACGAAGAAACUGCAGAAUUCCUUAUUAACCAGGGAGCGGAUGUAAAUCUAUGUGCACAAGAUAAAAGUACGGUCCUGCAUUUUGCUAGAAAAGUUAAAAUAGCCAAUGUUCUAGUGAAAAACGGUGUAAAAGUAAAUGCACAAGAUAUAAAGGGAUUAUCGCCUUUAAUGUUUGCUGUCGGCAAAAAUCACGAAGAAACUGCAGAAUUCCUUAUUAACCAGGGCGCGGAUGUAAAUCUAUGUGCACAAGAUAAAACUACGGCCCUGCAUUUUGCUGAAAAUGUUAAAAUAGCCAAAAUAUAAAUGGAUUAUCGCCUUUAAUGUUUGCCGUCAGUCAAAAUCACACAGAAACUGCAGAAUUCCUUAUUAA